CCGUCUCUUUGUCGGCCGCCCAAUUAUGGAGGAAUUCACUUCCUAUAUUUACGCUGCAGAUUAUUGCCGCAAGAAAGAACAUGGAGUUCUUGAGGAAACAACGAAGGCUAGAACAGAAGUCUCUUCACACAUCCGCGCCUUAUACGACGCCGGGGUGCCCAUCUACAGUAGAGAAUUGAUUCGGGACGUAUUCAAUCAGCUUCAGAGCGGUCAUCAGAAAAUAUUGGUCAAAGGACUCGACGGAAACAUUGUCGAUUUCGACAUAGAAACAGGACAAAUUUCUGAUUCAGUUGAUGAGUUCAACUUCGUUAUCGGAGCCCCUUUUAUUAUGUUUGUUUCUCCGCAACUGGGACCGAAGCCAGUACACCGAGGACGAACUUACCAAGUCACUUACCUCGGACCCUGACUCCCCUCGCCUAACCAAAAUGAUUCAAAAAUUUUACAAAAGAUUGAUUUUCCAGGGGAUCUGGACGCGUUCAAUCACAAUGCCAUCUAUGUCAGACGAAAGUCGUAAGGAGCUGUAAGUACUAACUCCUAAGUUGGUGUUGGUUUUCUUGAGUUGCUGGGGGAGGGUGGUGGAAAGCCUCCUCAAUUCUACUGCAUCUGCGCUCAAGAAGACUCCGGGAGCGUUCAGGGAUCGCUCAGGAAGCAGCAGGUGAGCCGAGGGCGAGUAAAGCGGCGAGCGGCUAAUUGGAGGGAGGACAGGUUAGGACUACCUACCUAGCACCUAAGCUAUGUAGUAUUGUCGUGCGAAAAACAUGUCGCCCAUCC